GCAUCUUUUAGUUUCUAUUAUUUUAUUGUAUUCAUUGUGAAGAGGCCAGAUACCUUGAAACUCUGGCCCAAUAAUUCCAUGUGCAGUUAACAAGGGGUUAAUCUACCAUUAUCACAAAUAGGAAAGCAGAUUUGUUCAACUUUGGCAAUUAAUUAACCCCCUCGCGCACGUUAUAUACGUGCUGCCAUCUCAAUAUUUAUUGGAAUCUUUGACAUCCCACUUUCGGUCUGGUGGGAAGCGAGAAUUUCGACCCGAAGAAAGAGGCAUAGGGGGAAAUCUGUUCGUAAUGGGGACUAGUAUGUGGAUUGUGCUUUUGGGUCUCUUGGUUUUGUCUGUAGCUGUUUCAGCAACAGAUUCCGAUUUUUCCAUUGUAAGCUAUGAUCUGAGCAGAGAUGACAAAAUCAUGGAGCUCUACGAGGAGUGGCUUGCAGAGCAUGGCAAGGCUUACAAUGGGCUGGAUGAGAAACAACAGAGAUUUAAGAUAUUUAAGGACAAUUUGUUGUUUAUCAAUCAGCACAAUAUGGAGAAUGGGGCCUCCUACAAAUUGGGUCUGAACAAGUUUGCAGAUCUGAGCCAUGAGGAAUUCAAGGCUAAGUAUUUGGGCGUUAAGCCUGAUGCUAAGAAGGGGCUUUCUAGGUCUCGCAGCCCUCGAUAUCAGUACAAUGAUGGGGAAUCGUUGCCCGAUUCUAUUGACUGGAGAGAGAAAGGAGCCGUGACUGCAGUUAAAGACCAGGGGUCUUGUGGAAGCUGCUGGGCCUUCUCAACUAUUGCUGCCGUGGAGGGCAUAAAUCAAAUUGUGACAAAGGAUUUGAUUUCACUGUCCGAGCAAGAAUUGGUGGACUGUGAUACUUCCUACAAUGAGGGCUGCAAUGGUGGACUCAUGGAUUAUGCUUUUGAAUUUAUCAUAAGCAAUGGGGGAAUAGACUCUGAGAAGGAUUAUCCUUACACAGCAGUUGAUGGUACCUGUGAUACUUACAGGAAAAAUGCCCAUGUGGUUACUAUUGAUAACUAUGAAGAUGUGCCUGCCAAUGAUGAAGCGUCGCUGAAGAAGGCUGCUGCCAACCAGCCUAUUAGUGUGGCCAUCGAAGCCAGUGGGAGGGGGUUCCAGUUCUAUAAAUCUGGUGUGUACACAAGUGCCUGUGGGACUCAGUUGGACCAUGGUGUCACCUUGGUUGGCUAUGGCACGGAUAAUGCUGUAGACUACUGGACUGUCAAGAAUUCCUGGGGAAAAAGUUGGGGUGAGAAGGGAUUUAUCAGACUCCAGAGAAACGUGGAAAGCAACACUGGUAUGUGCGGGAUUGCCAUGGAGGCAUCCUACCCCAUAAAGAAGGGAGCCAACCCUCCAAACCCAGGCCCUUCUCCUCCUUCCCCUAUAAAACCCCCCACCAUGUGUGAUAACUAUUAUUCCUGCCCAGAGAGCAAUACUUGCUGCUGCGUCUUCGACUUCGGUGGGGAAUGCUAUGCAUGGGGCUGCUGCCCUCUAGAUUCUGCUACCUGCUGCGAAGAUCACUACAGCUGCUGCCCUAGUGACUUCCCUGUUUGCAAUGUGGGUGCCGGAACUUGCAACAAGAGUGGUGGUAAGAGUCCGUUUGGAGUGAAGAUGCUGAAACGUACCCCUGCCAAGCCUCACUACUCUGGCCAGAAAGCCACUGAAUAGAAUUAACAGUUUCUCAUUUGAGAGGCCUUAAUUACAUAGCUACUCGGAAUUCUUCUGCAUCAGCGGAAGCUUUUGUUUGGCAUUGUACAUAAAUAUUCUUACUAUUGCAAUUAGUAUUGUUUUAGGCUUGUGGACAGUCAGUCCUUGAACAGAAUCCAUUGAUGAUUUCCUUAAGCAAUAGCAUGUUAGUUUAGUUGUAGUAUUCUAGUUCUAUUUAUCUAGACCUUGUUAUUUGUUUCUUAUAAAUGCAAGUUAGUCUGAUUGUAUGGGCUCGACCCUGGUCCGAAGGAUAUCCAGAAAUAUAGUGGCUCGCAUGUGAUUAAUUUGUUUAUAUUUCUAUAUAUACUCGCACCAGAUUAAUGUG